AUGGUUGCGGGUGCGGUACGGGUGCGGGAUUUUGGUGAUUGCGGGUCUUGGUGGUUGCGUUUUGGUGGUUGCUGGUGUGGGGUUUUGGUGGUUGCUGGUGCGGGGGUUUUGGUGGUUGCAGGUGCGGAGGUUUUGGUGGUUGCGGGGGUUUUGGUGGUUGCGGGUGCGGUACGGGUGCGGGAUUUUGGUGGUUGCGGGUCUUGGUGGUUGCGUUUUGGUGGUUGCUGGUGUGGGGGUUUUUGGUGGUUACGGGUGCGGGAGCUUUGGUGGUUGCGGGUAUGGGGAUGCGGUAUUGCGGCCACCAAGGCAUUUGAAACAUAUAGUGCUGGCAUUUACAAAGAGGAAACGGAUGAAGAAAUUGAUCAUAUCAUAUCUGUUCAUGGCUGGGGUGUCGAUCAUGACUCCGGUGUGGAGUACUGGAUUGGUCGAAACAGCUGGGGAACUCCAUGGGGUGAACAUGGCUGGUUCCGGAUAGUGACAUCGGAGUACAAACACGGUGGCUCGAAAUUCAAUUUGCGAAUCGAAGAAGACUGCGUUUGGGCUGAUCCGCUCAUUUAG